AAAGGACUCAGAAGAAUGAGCCGAACAUUUUCUGAGUGCUCUUACCCAGAAACAGAGGAGGAGGAACUGCUGGACAGGGAUUCCUGCCAUCGGUUUGAAAAGAGACCAGGCAGGAGCGAACCUCCUUCUGCCACUUUCUUUAAGAGCCAUGUGAGGAAAGAGUCCUCUGCUGUGCUCAACAGAAUCCAGAAGAUCGAGCAGGCACUGAAGGAACAGUCAGGCAGAGGACUCCCCCAGUUACCGAGUAGCUGCUACAGUGUUGACAAAGGGAGGAAAAAGUCUGGGACUCUGAGUACUGUGGAGGGACUGAGUGAAACCCUGAGCGAUAGCAAAGGAGGGAGUAUUAUUUUGGGGAGUGAACCAGAAACACCUCCUGAUGCUGAGAAAAGCAGUAAAACAAAACAGGGGGUUACUGGGAACUCAGCCGGUCCCAAGGCGCUCCUGGACAGCGCGGCUAACAGCGCCGUGAAUCCCGUCCCCAAGCCCAAACGCACCUUUGAGUACGAGGCAGACAAAUCCCACAAAAGCAAACCAAGCAAUGGCCUACCUCCAUCUCCCACACCUGCUGCUCCUCCUCCCCUCCCGUCCACUCCUGCACCCCCCGUGACAAGAAGGCAGAAGAAAGAGUCGCGUUUUCACAGAAAAUCCCAGAAUAGCUUCCUUUUGGUGUCUCAUGUAGCUGGGUGUGCAGGCGAAUCACCCAAGGAAAACCCGUACGAGGAUGUGGAGCUGAAAGGCCGUCACGCGGGGCGAAAAUCCCACCAGCUGUCCGAGAAUUCCCUAGACUCCCUGCACAGGAUGUGGACGCCGCAGAACAGGAAAUACACAGCACCUCCGCAGCUGCCCUCGAAGGCCAGCAGCCACUCCCUGCGCGUUGGGAACUGGUCAGAGAGGAAGAGCCACCGCCUGCCGCGGCUGCCCAAGCGGCACAGCCACGAUGACAUGCUGCUGCUGGCUCAGCUGGGCAUCCCCUCGUCCCCCUCCAGCCUCAACGAGGACAGCCUGAGCACUGCCAGCGAGCUGCUGUCCACGCGGCGUGCCAGGAGGAUCCCAAAGCUUGUCCAAAGAAUCAAUUCCAUCUACAGUGCAAAAAGAGGGAAAAAACGACUGAAAAAACUUUCUAUGUCCAAUAUUGAGACAGCAUCCCUACGAGAUGAGAACAGCGAGAGUGAGAGUGACUCAGAUGACAGGUUUAAAGCUCAUACCCAGCGCCUUGUACACAUCCAGUCAAUGCUGAAGAGGGCUCCAAGUUAUCGAACUCUGGAACUGGAGCUGAUUGAGUGGCAGGAGCGGGAGUUAUUUGAAUAUUUUGUGGUAGUGUCCCUGAAAAAGAAGCCCUCUAAAAACACUUACCUGCCAGAAGUGACAUACCAGUUUCCUAAGCUGGAGAGACCAACCAAGCAGAUGCGGGAAGCGGAGGAGCGCCUCAAGGCUAUCCCGCAGUUCUGCUUCCCUGAUGCCAAGGACUGGCUCCCUGUCUCUGAGUACAACAGUGAGACCUUCUCUUUCAUGCUGACUGGGGAGGAUGGGAGCCGGAGGUUCGGGUACUGCAGGAGGCUGUUGCCCAAUGGAAAAGGCCCACGCCUACCUGAAGUUUACUGUGUCAUCAGCCGCCUGGGGUGCUUUGACUUAUUUUCCAAGAUCCUGGAUGAGGUUGAAAGGAGAAGGGGAAUAUCUGCUGCCCUGGUUUAUCCAUUUAUGAGAAGUCUGAUGGAAUCUCCCUUCCCUGCACCUGGAAAGACAAUCAAAGUCAAAACCUUCCUGCCUGGAGCUGGAAAUGAGGUCAUUGAGCUGCGGAGGCCCAUGGACUCCCGCCUGGAACACGUGGACUUCGAGUGCCUCUUCAGGUGCCUCAGCGUGAGGCAGAUCAUCCGCAUCUUCGCCUCCCUGCUGCUGGAGCGCCGCGUCAUCUUCGUGGCAGACAAGCUCAGCACCCUGUCGAGCUGCUCCCAUGCUGUAGUGGCCCUGCUGUACCCCUUCUCCUGGCAGCACACCUUCAUUCCCGUCCUGCCCUCAUCCAUGAUUGACAUCGUGUGCUGCCCUACCCCCUUCCUGGUGGGACUGCUCUCCAGCUCCCUGCCCAAACUCAAGGACCUGCCCGUAGAGGAGGCUUUGAUGGUUAACCUGGGAUCUGAUCGAUUCAUCAGACAGAUGGAUGAUGAAGACACACUAUUACCUAGAAAAUUGCAAGCUGCUCUGGAGCAGGCUCUAGAGAGAAAGAAUGAACUGAUAAAUCAGGAUUCAGAUAGUGAUUCAGAUGAUGAAUGUAACACCCUGAAUGGAUUAGUGUCUGAGGUUUUUAUCCGAUUCUUUGUGGAGACAGUUGGCCAUUAUUCCCUGUUCCUAACCCAGAAUGAAAAAGGAGAGCGUGCCUUCCAAAGGGAGGCUUUCCGUAAAUCUGUGGCUUCCAAGAGUAUCCGCCGCUUCUUGGAAGUUUUCAUGGAAUCCCAAAUGUUCGCUGGCUUCAUCCAGGACAGAGAGCUGAGGAAAUGCAGGGCUAAAGGGCUCUUCGAGCAGAGGGUCGAACAGUAUUUGGAAGAGCUGCCGGACACGGAACAAAGUGGAGUGAACAAGUUCCUGCGAGGCCUCGGUAACAAAAUGAAAUUCCUCCACAAGAAGAACUAGCUCCUUCCUGCUGGAACACCAGCCCAAAGCCUGUUUAUUGAUGGCACUGCGGGGGACACCUGCGGGAGGAGAGAGGAGCGAGCUGAUGGCAGCUCCAGGCCAUGGCCCAUGGAUGCUGUGCCACUGUGCCACGUGAUGGCUCCUCCGUGCAUUUCGGUGGAGUUUGUACAUAAUGUGCUGUAAGCUUUUGUGACUGAUUUUGUAAUGAGCGAGAAAACUUGUGGUAAAUAUUUGUAUAUUCCUGAGAAUACCAGGUGCUUGAUUUUUUUUUUUCUUUAGUAUGAGUUGAGUUAUGCUUGGUGCAAAAAAAAAAACGAGUAGCUGAUUAUGUGCAGCUGACUGUCUCGGCAGAACCACUGACUUCAAGGGAUGUUUGAUGCCUGAACACUGCGGGGUGAAUGAGCUCGGGUACAUGGGAGAGGUUGUACACACCAGGGCACAGGCGCUUGUCUGGCUGCUUGUUCCCUUCAAAUUAAUCUUAAAGCAGAAAUAACAAAGUAACUUGAUAAUAAGGUACUUGGCUCACAUUACAAAGCCUCCACUUGGUUUGAACUCUGGUCAGUAAACUCCUUAUAGCCCAUUCUGCACUAAGACUGCUAAGCCUGGGGGGAUUUCGGCUCUCUGACAUGCAAGCUGCAGCGAGUAGGUACAGUACAGCCUUUCCUAAUGUAUGUAUGUAUGGAUCCUAAUAAACUCUGUAAAUAGACCUGUUUGUUUAUAUUCAUUGCAAACCUCUGCACUUCCUCGUGUGGAACAGGUACACACCCAGCAACUUGCCUGUGAUUUUUAAAUGAAUUUGUAAUUAAAAUGUAAAGUGGUAAUUAUGAACCUUUCUUUUUGGUAGGUUUGCUAUUUCACAACAUGUAGUUUGGGGUUUUCUCCAGUGUUUUUCACCAGGGCUGAGACAAGGCAUUUUAUACCCCUUUUUAACAAAUUUUAUCCUAACAGAAGCAUCUGUUAAAACAUUUUUUUUUCAUGGAUUAGCUGCAAAUAAUGUUAUUGUUGUAUCAGAGAUACUGGUCCUGACCUAUGGUAUUUUGUGCAUCGUGUUCAAGUGUCACAUUCUUCCUUGAUCUGGAAACAGAACUCCUGUUGAGGUUCUGUAAGUUUUCCCAUAGUCUGAAAAAGAAAAUAAAAAAAAAAAAUAUAUAUAUAUAUAUAAAGUGCUUCAAUGUGUUGCAAGUCUGACAGCUAAUGAAAAUUAGCUAAAGCCUCUUCCCUUUAAAGUAAACCCACCAUGCUCCGGUUUUCAUCAUUUGCAGCGUGGUUGCUGUAGUUAGAGUGGCUUUGAGGCUCGCGCAGUUCCUAACCUGAGAGUGGUUCUGGUUUGCUAUCAGCCUCAUACAGCAAAUUCGAGGGGCUAGUCACUAAAAAGGUGAAGUCGUUUCCUUUUUCAAUUACCUCCCUCACACUCGAAAGUACACCAGAGCUUCUUAAGUGUACGUAAAA